AUGAUUAAAUAUAUUCUACAUAUCAGCUGUUGGACAUUUUGCAUCGUAAAAAAAUAAAACAAUUAUAUUUAUAAAAUUACAAAGAAAUUAAAUUUUUUUUUAUUAAAUAAAUUUAAAAAUUGAUUUAUAGAUUUGUUUUUAUUUUAUUGUUAGUACCGUAAUUGUAACUUAGGGUCUAAAGAGAUUUUUUAUUGGUGGCAAGUUAUAUUAUACAUAUAUACAAGCGCCGCUGAUAAAUAAAUAUAAUAAAUAAGAUAAAAAUCUAUCAACGGCGAGAACGCACGUGGUGUAAACAUAUGUACAAAUUAUUGUUAUGUAGAAUAUGUUUAAAAGAGUAACUGUUGAAUUAAUCCAAAAACGAUGGUACAAAAAACCAUUGGUACGAGUAAGGUUUGCUCCAAGUCCUACAGGUGAUCUUCACUUGGGUGGUUUAAGAACGGCUUUAUAUAAUUAUUUAUUUUCUCGUAAACACAAUGGUAAUUUUUUAUUACGCAUUGAAGAUACCGAUCAGACAAGACUACAAUCUGGAGCCAUGGAGAAUUUACGAAAUAAUUUAAUAUGGGCAGGAAUAAUUCCUGAUGAAGAUCCAGUGAGAGGUGGACCUACUGGUCCUUAUGUUCAAUCUAAACGUCUUGAUAUUUAUAAAGAGUAUGUAAAAAAAUUAUUAGACAAUGGUUCGGCUUAUCGUUGUUUUUGUACUGAACAAAGAUUGAAUUUAUUGAGAAAGGAAGCACUUAAAGCUCGUUUAAUACCAAAAUACGACAAUCGUUGUCGUUAUCUUGAUAAAUCUGACGUUGAUGAAAAAUUAAAAAAUGGAUUAGAUCACUGCAUUAGAUUUAAAUUAUCAUCAGAAUCUCAAGGCUUCAAAGAUCUUAUUUAUGGAGAUAUAACACCUACUGCACAGCAGGAAGGUGAUUUUAUUAUUAUUAAAGCUGAUGGUUAUCCUACUUAUCACUUUGCAAAUGUCGUGGAUGAUUAUCUUAUGGAAAUUUCUCAUGUUUUACGUGGAGUAGAGUGGUUGGUAUCUACACCAAAACACAUUGAAAUAUAUCAGGCUUUUGGUUGGACACCUCCUCAUUUUGCUCAUCUUCCUCUUAUUCUUAAUACCGAUGGCUCAAAAUUAUCAAAAAGACAAGGAGAUAUAAAAGUUGAUUUUUUUCGAGAUCAAGGAAUAUUUCCUUUAGCUUUAAUUAAUUAUAUAACUCAUGCUGGUGGUGGAUUUCAUAGAGAUUCAUCUAUUUCGUGCUAUAGUUAUCAACAAUUAAUAAAACAGUUUGAUAUCAAUAAAAUAAAUACUAAUUCAUCAAAAUUAAAUAAUAAUACUUUGAUGGAAUUGAAUAGAUUAGAAAUAUGUAAUUUACUUAACGAUGAAAACAAUACAAAGUUAUUAGUAGACAAAGUAAGAAAAUUAGUCGUUGAAAAAUUUUCAGACAGAAUAAAUACCGGUGAUUUGCAAUUAGAUCAAGAUCAUAUUAUUACAAUAUUAAAUUGGGCACGAAAUAGAAUAAAUACAUUAAAAGAUUUAGUUAAUAAAGAUUUAUCAUUUAUAUGGGUUCUUCCUCCACAAGUUGUCACUUUGGAAAAUUCUAAAUUAUUAAAAGAUCUCAGUACAGAGCUUAUGAAGAUAGACAAUAAUGAUUUUCAUAGAAAUAAUUUGAAAAUUUAUUUAAAAAAUUUUUCCACCAGCAAUAACUUAGAGUUUCCAAAAUUAAUGAAAAUAUUGAGAAGUAGUCUAAGUGGACUUGAGCUAGGUCCAAGUGUAGCGGAAAUGAUGGAAAUUUUGGGCAAAGAUAAAACCCUUUAUCGUUUAAAUAAGCAUGCGAGUGAUAUAUAAUAAAUACACUAAUCAUUUAUAUACUAUAUAUACUUUUUCUUUUUUUUUUUUUUAAAUAAUAAUUUUAAGUAAUUGAAUUAAAUUAAAUAUACGUAUACGUUGUUGUUGUUGAAAGUUUUAAGAAGUUGAAUAAAUAAUAACAUUUUCGAGAGCUAACUUAUUACAUAUAAUUAACAAUAUUUUAGCACAAAGUUUAGUUGUGUAAUGUGUGCAUGUAUCGAUACGACAAUAAACAUUACACAGAAUAAUUUUGUUAUACAUUAGAUUAGUUAUCACAGAAUUUAAAAAGUAUUGAUAAGUUUCAGUCUAGUGUGUGUUUUAUAGAAUCAGAGGCUAAAAGUUGUAAAAAUAUUUUAGAUUUUUUUUCUUUUUUUGGUUGAGAUUUAAGU